UUUAUGAUCUUAAGAGAUAAGGAUCAUAUUAGAUUGUGUGAUACUAUUAGGAAUAGGAAAUAUAAAGUCUCUAUAUAAAGACUAAGUCGAGUAAUGGCAUUAGUCACGAGUUGUGUGAUUGAGAGUCUUAGUUUUUGAGUGAUUUUUCUAAGACAUUAAUAAAGAGCGUUCUUUAUAAAUCUCAUACUUGAAUUCUAUAAUUAUUAGUUUCUUUCUUUUAAUCUCGACCUCUCUAUAAAGAGUUCUCAACUGAAUUCGUUUAUGAACCGGAGUGGUUUUCUAUAAACCGAACAAUAUAAAACAUUAAAAAACGAACCGGAAUUGAACGCUAAACCGAAAGUGUUGGCUACUAUAUAAAGUGAAGAUAGAGAGAGGGAGAAUCUGUUAGUAUCUUUACGCUUCGAGAUAAAUCACCGUUCAUAGAAGAGAAAGAUGGUUGGAGGAUACGUAACGAAGAGGAUGAUGUUUCUGCAGCUUCUUACUCCGAUUCUGUUGCUCCCUCUCUUGAUCUCGUCUUCCUCUGUUAACUCGAGUGAGAACGUUGGAGUGUGUGUUUCCAAAGGUGGACGAUCUCAUCAGCCUUACGAGUUAGAAGGAAAGCUUCCUGAGUCUGCUGAUCUUGAGUUUAAGGAUCUAAACAUGUGUAGUAUGUUCCACGAGAAGACUUGUUGCUCUGCUUCUCAGAUGUUCUCUGCUUCAUCAGCUCUCCAAAACCUAGCUACUCACGGAGAAGCUUCUAAAGAUUGCUUGUACUUGUUUGAGCUUUUGGAAUGUUCAAUAUGUCACCCUGAUGUUGGAGUUCAGCCACGUCCUCUUCGCAUUUGUGCCUCCUUCUGUGAUACUGUCUUUGAAGCUUGCUCUGAUGCUUACUUUAAUACUAGUGAUGCUAGUAAUCAGGUUAUAGUACCGUGUGUAGCAAGCGAAGAUACCAUCUGCCAGAAAGCUUCUAUGUUGGAGACUAAUGGCACAGCCUUCUGUGAAGCAGUGGGUUUCACUGUUGUUCAAACAGCUGAUGAUUCUGUAGAAGAGCCUUGUUACGGAAGCAAAUCAAUUUUAGUGACAGUGGUGCCUGUGGUGGAGUCACUCGUAAAGACUGUGCGGCUUCAAGAUCGUAGGUACGAGCUGUUGAUACUGAAUCUACAGAUGUGUUUGAAUAGAGCAGGUUUUGUUCUAGCAUCAUUGAUCAUUUACAGGUUGGUUUAUCAGCUGGAGAGGGAUGCGAGAAGAUGAGAAGAAUUGAACAGGAUUAGGCGAAGAUUUCAACUCUUUUUGAGUUUUCUUAUCAUAUAGCAUUCAAACUUUUAAAUAGGGAAUUCUGGAAUCAAUAUCUCAUAGGGAGUUUUCUUUUGAGUUUUCUUAUAAUUCUUUUUUGAGUUUUCUUAUAAUUCUGGAAUCAAUUUUUUUUUUCUUUUUUUUUUCGAAAAUGACAUUUUUACUCUCUCACCCUCAUCAUCUUCAAGUAAUUACAAGAUUGCCAUUGUCAUCAAUACCACAACCACCAUGAACAACCAAUUU